AUUGGAGGUGCGUUUUCUCCACAUCUCUUUGAGCUCCCGGGCCGAGCAUCUUCGCAUCUACUUUCGGCACAACUGCCGCCAUGAGAGAUGCCGAAAAGCGAUGCCUGGUCCCAGACGCUGAGUCCGAAGAAGGUUCCAUCCUGAACGAGCCAAAGGCGGCCAAGCACUUCAGAUCCAUCCGACGAUUGUGGUCAGAUGCCAAUCUCCAGGAGUAUGGCCUGAUGCCUUUGCAGCAGCACACUGGAGAUGGCCUGAUUUUAGCCUUGGUCCGGACCCGAGACCAGAUGUCUAUGGGACCCCUACAGACCGAGGAAGUGUUGCAAGAGGUCCUACAGCUGGUGCUGGUGUUGUCGCUUCAUAUUGCAGCGCUAUUUCUCCAGCUGGGAUUGACCUAUCAGUUGUAUGUCAGCACAGUGGAGGGGCUGUUCUCCCCGUUUGCCCAUGGCUUGCAGGAGCAGAUCCAGGUGCUGGACGCAGCACUCCGUGGGCAACGAGCACUGAACGUGGAUGAUCCUAUCCAGAAAGAAGCCUUGGACCUGUGUGUCAAGCAGCACUCCAUGGGCUUCAUCCACCUGAUGGUGCUCUCGCUGUGGGGAGCCAAAUUGAUGACCGAGGUCUCAGAGAGUUUGAACCGCCUCACCAUCUUGUGCCUUGUGGAGGAUCCUGAACAGAACAACCAUGAGCCACAUAUCCAGGAGAGGGGUGACCGGAAGAUGAUCAUCGCAUACAUGACCUGGAAGAUGAAGAUUGUGGUGAUUAUCGUGGACAUCGUUCCAAAACUCAUUUGCACCAUGUUCCUGAUGUGGACAGGCGGCGAGCUCUUCAUGCUCACUCACACCAUGGGCUCAUUGAUCAUUCCCUUGCUCACUUUGACCUACAUCUUGACGAUCCCCACGAUCCUUUUCACUGGCUUCUCCUCCUUUAAAUUCAAGGAGAAGGUGGAGUGGACUCAGUACCAGUACCGAUUGGCGCUUUGCUACACGCAGAAGAACUGUCAGAUGUGGGGCCUUACAGUCAUCAAAGCCGUGGCCACUUUCCUUUAUGUCUACAUGAUCUACGCGGUGGUCUUUGGCAACGUCACCGCGUACCGAAAUCUUUGCACCAGGUACUUGGGCACCUUCCCUCAGGGAAGAUGCAAUUUUCGAUGUCAUUUGGGCAUCGCUCACUAGAGAUGGGCGCGUAGGUACCGGCAGCCGCGAGUUGUGCGCCGUGAGCCAUGGAUGGCAGAGGUUUUCUCCUCCGGGGUGAGGUUUCCAGUGCUUGGAAGGAC